UCUUCCUUCCCGGGCACUUCGAAUUCUGAUUUUUCGAGAACCCAACUAGUGAAACGCGGAGAUCUUCGUCACCAAGCCGCACCAACCCGACCAGCUCGCGCUCUCGUCUCCCUUACCGAAUCCCGCCUCCGCUCCGCCAUGGCCGACAACCCCGGCGAAGCUGCCGGCCAAUGCAAGGUGCACGGGUGCAGCUCGUACCCCCUGUCAUUCCCUUCUCAGCCGCCGGACAUCAAUAACUGGUUUUCGAGCUACGAGUACGAGUCGCGGGGGGCUCCGGAGCUGGUUGCUGAUGCUGCCGGCGAGGACGGCAGCGAGACCCAAGACCCACUCGAGCAUUCGUUAUUAAAACAUGUCCCUCGGGAUGCUGGUGUUGCUUUGAGUGAGAAUUGUUUGGGAGGCCAAUCUGAGCCUGAACUUUUUGCCGGAAAAUAUUUGGUUCCGGUUGAUGGUGGUGCGGUGAAGCCGGCCCCCAAAAGGAAGCAAAUCCUGCGGGCGUUGUUCGGAGCGGGUUUUCUUGACAAUGAUCAGGAGGCUACUGAAACCGAAAGUCAGGUGGUGUUGCCUGUGCAAAGAAAUGCACUAGAGCCUCUGUUGCAUUGCAAUGCGAUGGGAUUACCUGAUGAUAAACUAAGCCACGAAGGUGUAAUCGAACACAGCAAGGUGCAGGUGGAUUGCAAUGGUAUUAGUUCAGUUGACACUCAAGAAAGCACCCCGGCAGAUCAGGAGGUUGGGUACAGUAAAUUUCCAGUUGAUUGUGAUGGCACAAGUUUAGCUGAUAUCGGAAAACACUUCCCAGAAGAUGGCAGUGACCGCAUCAAACUGCCUGCUAAUUUUGAAGGUACAAAUCUAGUUGCCACUGAAAGAAGUUCCCAAGAUGGUAUCGACCACAACAUACUUCCUGUUAGUCAUAACAGUAUCAGUUUAACUGACACUGAAGACAAGUCUCCAGCAGAAGAAACUGGCCGCUGCAAGCCUGCAUUGAAUGAUAAAGAUCCGGAAAAAAGAGUUGCAUCCGAUGGUUUUGUUGCCGUCAAGCGAAAGGACAAGCCAACGGAGGAAUACAAGAUAAACCAAAUUCCUAAGCACCCAAUGGGAAGGGAGAAGGGAAUAUUGCAAGAGAACUGUAGCAUUGUGGAACAGAAGGUUUUAGUCCAAGGGCACACUAGAAGACCCUUGACAGAUAGAACCAAAAUUUCAGAAGUAGCAGCAGCUCCAGCGCCUGAGCUCUGCGGAAAAUGGAAAUGCCCUCGCAAAGGCAAUCCCUAUGUUGGUCCUCCACUGAAGCAGCUUCGGUUGGAACAAUGGGUCCGCCGAGUAAAUUGACACUUCAAUAUUGCUAGCUUGUUGAGAGUAUGCAUCAUCAGGUUGAAGCCCAGAGUUGUUGCUUGGCAGCCAGGACCAUGUAGAAGUGCAUGUCACCCAAUGGAUCCUUUAUACCUGUCGCUACCGCUAUGUUUGUUUUCUUAGCUAUCUUGUGCUACUCCAUCUCGGGUUUUUCUUAGCACAAUGCAUCUUCAGGGGACUGAAUUGAGACAAAGUUUACGACGGGUGUAAAAUUAUGUGAAUGUUUUGAUGCUUUGCGAAUAUUUCAGCUGCUGGGAAACUGCUGCUCCAAGCCUCCAACUCUAAGUAGUUGAUCCAUCAAACAGUCGCGUGUACCGAUGAGUGAAACCGAACGUAGUGACGAUGAUUGGGUCUGUAAAAAGGGUAGUUUAGGCCCUUCAAUUGGCCCCUUAUCCAAAUGUAAGAUUGAUCAGCCCAAAAUUGAACGAGUCGUGUGCUGUGUAUGUUAUCAAUGUUGUAUGCAUAUCGGCUUAAAAGAUUUCUAAACAUUUA